AUGGGGUGGUUUGACGAAGAGGAGAAGCUGGAGCCGAUGCCACCGCCACCAGCACCCAAGACACGCCCCAACACACGCAGAAUACCCUCCCCACACCCGCGAACAAGAUUCCAAGCUGUCAGUGACGUUGGUGAUCUCCCAGCGCCGCAGUCUCCUCCGGCGCCGCAUACCCACCCUCUAGUGGCGCUAAGCAAUGAAAGUGCGCGCAACGUCAAGCUCCAGCGCGAAGGAGGCGGCAUGGCCAUGCGUAGCAGCCAAAGACUUUUCCGCCAUCCAAUCGUCACAGGUAAGCGGCUAGACCCGAUGUUUUUGAGUCGCGACCGUGUUAAAGCAUUCACGGACCGACAAGAAGAGGAACCACAACAAAGUGCCAAUCCUUUUGCAGUCGAGACGGAGCAUUCCAGUCGCAUCAUCGCGUUGCAAUUGCAGCGACAAGCAGAGGAAAUAGAGAAAGCGCCAAUAAAAUCAUCCUUAGGGGAAGAAGAGAAAACUAUUGCGGCGACAGAGGCAAGUGCUAGACGCCACGACUUGCUGCAAUCUGCUCGACAACAAGUAAGAGAACGCAAAUGGAGCGAUGAAGAUACAGAAAACAGCGGAAUAAUAAUUAAUGGACGGACUGGGAGUGCAUUGGCGCGUGCAAGUGAACGGAAAGUCAGGAAACAGUUGAAUCCCAGAUGGGUGCAGUCUCGGCAGGAUGCUUCUAACCGACCUAAAAGGCCACAGGAGCGACCGGAGGAAAGGCAUCUGAGAGAAACACUGGUUCGGACAACGCCGCAAGAUCUACUGAGGUCGGGUGUGCUGUAUGAUGAAGCAGAUGCAGCACGAAAUGCUGCGUUUGAACCACUGCACAGGCCACAGUUGCCUGUGGUUACGAAAGGAAUUGUGGGACUGGCAGGAUGCUACUUUGAGGAGUACGAUACUUAA